AUGGCAAUAUCGCUCGACCGCAAGACGGCUGCGAUAUAUGCUGGAGCGGCCCUUCUACGGCUUCUUGUCUUGGUGGCCUUUCCAGACCUGUCAGAUUUCCUAGGCGAGCAAGUCGAGAUCUCAACCCCAAUCUCCAGCUUCAAAAGACUCCAAGAGGGCCUGUUUCUGUACCAGCAUGGCCUUUCGCCGUAUGACGGUGGCGUCUACCACCAAGCACCGUUGCUCCUGGUCAUCUUCGAGAUAUUGCCGUCGGCAUUAGUCUUUGUUGCUCUAGACCUCUCGAAUGCCGCGUCUCUUCACAUGAUUGCCGAAGGACUACACCUUCCGACCCCUCGGUUCCGAAAGCUGGAUGGGUCCAUUAUUGCUGCAGCGUACCUCUUCAAUCCAUUUACGAUUCUCUCUUGUCUCGGGAAAAGUACCAGCAUCUUCACCAACACCGCCAUCAUCCAGGCCGUUCUGAACGCUCAGUCGGGCAAUGCCUUUCGGGCCAUGUUCAGCCUCGCCAUCGGCACAUAUCUGUCGAUGUAUCCAGGCCUCCUUCUACCGCCGACGCUGCUCAUGAUCCUCAAGAACAAGAGUCAGUCUACAGCCGGUCCCAUUUUAAUCAUGUCAUACCUCGGAGCUCUUGCCGCACUGCUCUCCGCUACACUUGUCCUCACUGACGGAUUCUGGGACUUUAUCUCGUCGUGCUAUGGAGCACAACUCACAGUCACCGACCUUACACCGAACGUGGGAUUGUGGUGGUAUUUCUUCAUUGAGAUUUUCGAUUCCUUCCGGGAUUUCUUCAUUGGAGUGUUCUGGUUACAUCUGGCGGGAUACGUUGGAGGGCUGACCCUUCGACUCCAAGACCAGCCACUGUUCGUCAUCACCAGUCUUUUGGGGCUAUUUGCCAUUUUCAAACCAUACCCAAGUAUAGCGGAUGUCUCGUUAUACCUCGGCUUCCUGCCCAUGUACUCGCACAUUCUACCAUUAACCCGCUACACGUUCAUCGCAGCUUCGGUGUUGCUGUAUUCGACCCUUCUCGGCCCAGCUUUCUACCAUUUGUGGAUUUAUGCUGGGUCUGGCAACGCCAACUUCUUUUACGCCAUCACUCUGGUUUGGAGUCUGGGGCUAACCAUUCUCGUCGGGGAUACGUUGUUUGCCGUGUUGCGUGAUGAAUGGGAAAUAGAGAGGCCCGAGAUGAGGGGAAAAAGCGUGCGCCAGAUAUAG